CAGUUUUGCCGCGGAGCAAAGCGUUUCAGCUCCCGUCUCUUCCCCCGCUGCUGUAAACACGUUUUUAUGUCUCCUUCAGGCUCUUGUUUUUCUCUCGCCGACGCGGUUCCCGUUUUCCCUGCACUUGAACGCACCGCCGAGUGUCCUCCGCGACCAGAGGACGUCUUUGCGGAAAAUAUCGAUCAUCACUAAUUUGAAAGAAUACGUUUGUUCUCGUUUGGACUAAGACCAGCAAAACAGCAAGCAAGGACGUGGAGCAGAGAGGUCACUGAGGAGGAUGACAACACAGGAAUAGAGAACAGUGUGGAGAGAUGAGAAAGAGGCUGAAGUAAGAGGAGGAAGUGGAACUCCAAAGUGCCUAGGACGUGGUUUCGUCCAAUGAGUCUGUUGGAUUACAGUAGAACAGCAGGGCUCAGUGUUUGUUUGGCCUUGAGUGGAGGCUAUAUUCUCUCCUGACAGCUACAGUCAUCCAUCCCACGUUGCUGAGCUGCAGUCCCGACAUACCCUGAGCUGAGCCACAGCCUUGUCUCGUCAUUACGAGGACAUCACAGUGUGAGGUUCUGCUGUUUUUACUCUACGGCAAUCUUUUGUGUUUCUGACAGGCCACCCAAAUACAGCCAUAGAAGCACGACAGGGACUGGCCCGGCUCUGACCAUGCUGACGUGAAUGUAACAGAGUGAGAAGGUGUCAGCUUUUAAAGAUAAUCACACAGACAUAUCCAAGCAGACUAUGGUGAUGUUCUUUAUUUAGUAUAUUUUUUUCUUUUCUCUUUUGAGACAGAGCCGGCCUCUGCUCACGGUAAAGUCCACUAUCUUUACCCAGAGAAACUUCAGCUGCCACUUUUCCCAGGACGAGCUAAUAAACAUCCCCCUAAAAUAAACCAACCAAACGGACUUGCUGCCUAUUUGCACUAAGGACUUUUUUUUUUUUUUUUUCUUUUUGUCAUAUAUCGUCAUUGUUUUUCCAGGGACUUUUUUUGCUCGAAUCACCAUUAGUCACCAGACAUUUUUCCAUCUAUCCGGGCCCGGCACUGCUCAGUGUUUGAGAGCGUCUCAGAUGGCUGUCAGCAUGACCAUGGGACGAGACACCAAAUGGCUGACCUUGGAAGUGUGUCGGGAGUUUCAGAGAGGCACCUGCUCACGGUCUGAUGCCGAGUGUAAGUUUGCACAUCCCUCCCGAAGCUGCCAUGUGGAGAACGGUCGAGUCAUCGCCUGCUUUGAUUCUCUCAAGGGGCGCUGCACACGAGAGAACUGUAAAUACCUGCACCCGCCUCCGCACCUGAAAACCCAGCUGGAGAUAAAUGGCAGAAAUAACUUGAUCCAGCAGAAGGCCGCUGCAGCCAUGCUGGCUCAACAGAUGCAGUUCAUGCUGCCUGGAGCACAACUGCAGCCCAUUACAACAUUUCCAGUGACACCCUCCCUGGCAACGAGUCCCAGCAUGGCAUUCAGUCCAUAUCUAAGCCACGUGGGUCCAGGCAUGGGCUUGAUGCCUGAACUGCUGCCCACCGCUCCCCUGCUUGUUCCUGGGAGUCCCACAGGCCUGGCAGCCAUGGGCAAUGGCACCUCUGCACAAAAACAUGCUCGUACAGACAAGCUGGAGGUUUGUCGAGAGUUCCAGCGUGGUAACUGCACACGGGGUGAGAGCGACUGCCGCUAUGCUCACCCCCUGGAGGCUGGCAUGGUGGACUGCAGUGAGAACUCUGUCAUUGUCUGCAUGGACUACAUUAAAGGGCGCUGCAGCAGAGACAAGUGCAAGUACUUCCACCCCCCAGCUCACCUGCAGGCCAGGAUCAAGGCUUCACAGCACCAAGCUAGUCAAAACACAGCGUCUGCAUCCCUGGGUCUGCCUCCAGGAGCCAUGCAGCCGCUACCAAAGAGGUCAAUCUUAGAGAAGAGCAACGGCAAUGCAGCUGUCUUUAACCCUAGUGUGUUUCACUACCAGCAAGCCCUGGCUAACAUGCAGCUCCAGCAGCCAGCCUUUAUCCCCACUGUUCCCAUGAUGCACGGUGGAAACACCUCCUCUGUUUCGUCGGCCUCGACCCCAGUCACCAAUGUUCCUUUCGCUGAAUCUGCUGCCUCCAAUCAGUAGAUCCCUCAGAACUUUUGACCUCUGAUCCAGUGGAGCUCCAGUGUGUUCCUGUGGAAACUCAUUUUUGUCCCGUCCCCAAACUGCUGGUGGCGGCUCCAGUGGCACUAAACUCAGUAAGCCUUUCCCGAAAC